CAAUAGUCUUUUGUGGCCUGUGCUUAGCUCGGACAACCCAAACAUUCCCACGUGACGCUACAACGAUUAGCUCACGAGUGCGCGCUCCUACAGGAGAGGCUAAAGAAGAAAAAAAAAAGAAACACACACACACACACACAGAGCAGUCGAUCGGUGAGACGUGAGGAGCGCGCCUCUCCUUCUCCAUGCACAGUGGUGUUGUUGUUUUCCCGCGGAUUAUUGCCGGAGUUUUUAUUCCUGGAAAUACCUUUUUCAUGCGACACUUGGUCUUUAAGCAGGCUCGUGCGUGCGCGCGCGUCGUGUCUUCGAUUUAAUUGUUUUUUAAGCAAAGUUUAAAGUUUUUUUUUUUUUUUACUUUUGCUUUGGAGCAGCCAUGCGGGAGAAAGUGAGCAUCUCGGACUUCGUGUCGUUAGCGAAUGAGGACAUGUCGUCACCGUCCACGUCGUGCUUCCAGGCGAAAAUGAGCGAGUGCCGGAGCACCGUCACGGGGCUCGAGGAGACUCUGGAGCAGGACCAGGGCUCUCUGCAGAGGAUGAAGAAGAUGGUGAAGGGGAUCCACAGCUCAGGCCUCAAUCACGUGGAGUGUAACGAGCAGUACAUCGAGAUUUUGGAGAACCUGGGAAACAGUCAUCUGUCGCAGGACAAUAACGAGAUCUCCACAGGGUUCCUGAACCUGGCGGUGUUCACGCGGGAGGUCACGGUGCUCCUCAAAACACUGGUGCAGAAUCUGCACAGCAUCCUGUCCUUCCCUCUGGAGAAUAUCCUGAAGAGUGAGCUGAGAGACAGCAGACUGGACCUGAAGAAGCAGAUGGAGCGAGGCUGGAAAGAUUAUGACGUUAAAAUGGGGAAGCUGGAGAGGGAGCGGCAGAAGCAGUACGGUCUGAUACGCCUGGACUCGGACAUACUGGAGGACAUGGAGAGAGAGAGGAGGACUUUCCAGCUGCAGAUGUGUGAGUAUUUACUGAAGGUGCAGGAGAUGAAGAUACGCCAGGGUCCUGAUCUGCUCCAGAGUCUUAUCAAGUAUUUCCAAGCACAGCUUAAUUUCUUUCAGGAUGGAUUGAAAGCCGCUGAAAAUCUCAGUCCAUUUGUGGAAAAGCUAGCAGCCUCUGUUCACACGGUUCGUCAGGAAGAGGACGAGCACGUGAAGCAGCUCUCUCAGCUCCGUGACUGUCUCCGGAGUCAGCUUCAAGUGGAGGGUAAAGAGGAUUAUCUAAACAGGAAGAACUCCGGGCACGGCUACAGCAUCCACCAGCCACAAGGCAACAAGAAAUACGGCACCGAGAAAUCGGGCUUCCUGCUCAAGAAGAGCGACGGGAUCAGGAAGGUGUGGCAGAAGAGGAAAUGUGGAGUCAAGUACGGCUGUCUGACCAUCUCGCACAGCACGAUUAACAGACCUCCGGCCAAACUCAACCUCCUCACGUGUCAGGUUCGGCCCAACCCCGAUGAGAAGAGGACGUUCUCCCUUGUGACACAUAAUCGCACGUAUCAUUUCCAAGCAGAGGAUGAACAAGAAUGUAUAAUUUGGGUGUCGGUACUCCAGAACAGUAAAGAGGCGGCUCUGAACACGGCUCUCGGUGGAGAUCAGCUGCAGUACCCGGGCAGCGGGUUGCAGGAUCUGGCGCGGUCCAUCAUUUCAGGCCUGAGGAAUCUUCCAGGCAACGACGCUUGCUGCGACUGCGGCGCUCCGGAACCCACCUGGCUCUCCUCGAACCUGGGCAUCCUCACAUGUAUCGAAUGUUCAGGAAUUCACAGAGAACUCGGCGUGCACUACUCACGCAUACAGUCGCUCACGCUUGACAUGCUGAGUACAUCUGAGCUCCUGCUUGCAGUGAGCAUCGGGAACACCAAGUUUAACGACGUCAUGGAGGCCAACCUUCGCGAUGACUCACUGAAACCCGUACCGCAGAGCGACAUGAAUGCGAGGAAGGAGUUCAUCACGGCGAAGUACGUGGAAAGGCGCUACGUGUUCCCCAAAGAGCACUCGGAGCUCCUGCGCGUGUACGAUGCCGUGAAGUCGAGAGACCUGAGCUCCAUCCUGCAGCUGUACGCCGAAGGAGAAGAUCUGUCCAAACCCACAGCUGUACCUGACCAACAGGAUUUGAAAGAGACGGCUCUUCACCUGGCUGUGCGUUUGGCCGAGAAGAGCUCUCUGGCCCUGGUCGAUUUUCUUACACAGAACUGUGGCUGUUUGGAGAAGAAAACAGUGGAAGGAAACACAGCUCUACAUUACUGUGCGCUGUACAAUAAACCAGAAAGUCUAAAACUGCUCCUUAAGGGGAAGGCUACUUUACACACAGCGAACACUGCCGGAGAGACUGCGCUGGACAUCGCCAAGAGACUGCAACACACGCACUGUGUCGACCUGCUGGAGCUGGCUCACAGCGGGAAAUUUAACUCCCAGAUCCAUGUGGAGUACACGUGGGAGAUGCCGCAGGAGUUCAUGUACGACAGCGAAGACGAUCUGGAUGAAAAGGCCAGCCCACCGCGGUGUCUCCGCUCUCCUCCGCCCUCUAAUGGCUGCUUUGUGAACGUUCCAUGGGGUGACCCUGACCGACCCUACCAGAACGUGGAAUAUGUUUCGCGCACCACGGCGAGCAGCAGCACCUCCUCCGGAGGUCACACGCCCCCUCCGCUUCCGGCUAAAUCCAUUCAGAGAGGCCGUUCCGACCCCCAAAUCAGCACCUCCGCCCAGGAGACUCUCGGCUUUUCCCGCCACAGCUCCAGUUCCUGGAAUGGUUCCCAUAGAAACGGCCCCCCUUCACCCCUGGCAGAUGUGUCGGGGUCACGGGCUCCCCAGUCGCCUCGCAACGGCCUGCUGAAGAGACAGACGGGGAUCUGGGAUGGACAGAGUCCAUCGGCGUCACAGAGCUCCAUCGGACCUGUCGUAUCAGAAAAGACGACGUCAUAUCGGCGAACGAGUAGCGGAAGUGCGAAGUGCGCGGCAGGUUCCCCCAGCUCGGGAAGCAGCAUGGAGGAGCUCUACUGUAGCCUGACCAAUAACAGCACCGCUAACGUUAACGCUAACGCUCAUGCUAACCUCUCAGUGCCGGUCAUACUGCCGCCACCGCGGUCACGCAAGAACGCCAUGUGCUCCACGAGGCCGUGGCAGAGGAAGGUUCGGGCGUUAGUCGACUGUAUGUCUGUGGGCUCCGACCAGCUGGCGUUUUGUAAAAACGAUAUUAUUAUUGUAACCGCUACUGAUGAUCCCCACUGGUGGGUUGGACAUGUGGAGGGAAAACCGUCCAAAAGCGGCUCCUUUCCAGUCAACUACGUCAAGAAACUUGGAGAAUGAACCCUGCAGCACUUGAGACGAGCGGCCGCGAUGCUCCACCUGUUAAUCUGCAGUGAAGUGGGUUUAAGAGGGAAUGACUGUAUCGCUUGUUCCUCAGACUGUUCAGCACAUCAGUCCUGGCACUUUAGAGACGUUUUAUUGCCGUGUGGAGCCGGACAGAGACAGUGAGAGAGAGAGGCUGAUGUGCCAAGCAGCACUUAGUAAACACAUGGACACUCAUAAAGGUAACAGGAAGCCCUCGGAACGGAGAGACGGCAGAUGAUUAUCCAAGCAUUAAAGGGAAAAUAAGCGCAGUGCAUCUCCUGAUAGCUUUCUGAUGCCAAGUUCCCAGGUUUCUUUGUGACGAAUAGCAACGAAACUCGAUCCUCAUUGACUGACUUUCAGCCCAGCGAGGGAGAGACGGGAAAGGAAAGGAGGAGGUAUCGCGUUCCCUGGAUGUUUGACUCGUCUUUCUGCUGGAUCGGCAUUAUUCUCACUAGUGGACACAGCGUUUGGCUUUAAGGUGAAGAAGAUUUGACGUGAGCGGCUCUGAUGAUGAUUUCGGACAGUGACACGGUGUGCGGGCGGUUUCCGAAAUGGCUAAACCUGGAAAUUGUAGUUGCGCUAAUUGUAAUACAGAUUGUACCGCAACUUUUCCGAAUUAUUUACUAUCACUCGAGGAAUAGGUUGCUUUUCCAAAUGGUUUCAAGCCCUUUUUCAUGACUGUUCUGCUUUUAUUUAGUUUCACGCUCGCUCACGAAGUCCAGCAGCAGCCUCCGUCAUCACCUGGCGUAUUUUAUUUCCCGCCGUCGUUUCAACUUCAACCUUUUAAACAGUGAACGUAUCAGAAAAUCACAAUAUUCGCACUAAUACCAAGCUCAUAACUCUGUACGAUGCACUAACAGGAGCCAAAGAUGUGUAAAUAAUAAUAAGUGUGUAGUUGCUUCAUGGUGCAUCGUUGUAAUGUAAUUUAUUUUUAAAAAGACAAAAAACUAGACGUGAUUGUUUUAACGCACUUUUAUACUCAUUCUGCUUGUUUAAAUUGGAAUCAGAGUCAAACUACAGUAGCAGUUUUGUUUACUGUCUGUUUUCUUGUUUCGCACUUACACUACAGUACAUCAUUCAAGAAACUCUUCAUACUCGAGUUCAGUAAGAAGAAUUAAAGUUAAAGGUGAAUCGUGUCAACUAGAAAAAUCAGCCGAGCGCGGGCAACAUGAAGCUAACGCUGAAUAAAUGAUUAUAUCAUUAUAUAAAUGAGUUUA